AAUUCUGUCGCCAUCAAACCCCCUUAUAAAAUCCCCACCAUUCUCCUUCAGUCUCCAUAAGUAUAACCAUCUCUUGUCUUUACUAACCAAAACAAUUAACAAUUCUAAAGAAAUGCUGCUGAGGAGCGCAUCGUCGCCAAUUCUGAAUUCAUGGAUACACAAUUCGACAACCGGGUCGUCGCCCGAGCCCGAAUCCCUGCUCCAGCUGACGAGGACUCGUUCCUUCUCCAUGUCGAUGUCGUCUGAGGACGGGAUCGGCCGGGUCACACCCACCCGAUCCGAGGCGGAUCCGGCGAAGCGCUCCUCGCGGGUGCCGAAGCCGGCGAGGGUCAAGCAGGAGGUGGGGCCCAGCGCCCUCUCGACGGCGGCGCAGGAGAGGGAGACGGCGCCGCAGACGCUGGUGGUGGGCGGUGGUGUUGGUGGCUGCGGCGGCGGGGGUGUGUGCGGUGGCGGGAGGGGGUCGGGUUCCCAGGAUCCGGGAAGCUGGCCCGGGCGUGAGAGCACUGACGUCUACUAUGAGAUGAUGAUACAAGCUAAUCCCGGCAAUGCUCUUCUGCUCGGGAAUUAUGCUAGAUUCUUGAAGGAGGUUAGGGGAGAUUUGGGCAAGGCAGAGGAGUAUUGUGAGAGGGCGAUUUUGGCGAACCCAAGUGAUGGUAAUGUGCUAUCGCUAUACGCUGAUCUAAUAUGGCAGACGCAAAGAGAUGCUACUCGAGCUGAGGCCUAUUUUCAUCAAGCUGUCGAAACUCACCCCAAUGACUGCUAUGUUCUGGCUUCGUAUGCUCGAUUCUUAUGGGAUGCAGAGGAUGAGGAAGAAGAAGAAGAGGAGGAACAAGUGAACGAUCUAUACGAAAAAAGAAACAAUCUUCCAUCCAACUUCUUCCAAGAAGGAGCUCACUGGCCUCCUCUCACGGCAGCUUCUUAAUUAAUAACUAGAAAACAUCACAAUAUACUACUUAGUUAUCAAGUGCAAGAAGAAAGUGGUUGAAUCAAAUUUUGCUUCUUGGUAUGUCUUCUUGCGCUGUUGUACAUAUUAAAGAUAAACAAGAUUCUGACUGUAACUUCUUUCUGUAUCAACAACGUCAUGAUCCAUGUUUCUAAUAUAAGUGGUGGUGGUGGUGGUAUA